AGCCGACACACAUAGUGACAAGAAACACUUCUUGGGACUCCAUUUUUAAGGCUAUUCCCACCUUCUCAUCUCAUAUACGUAUAUGUAAAAAACAAGAAAAAGAUGCAGAGGAGGUUCCGGCGAGUUUGCACUUGUCUAAAAGAGCGCAGCUGCAUGAGCUAUGCAAAGAUUGCUUCAGCGAGUGGCUUCUCUGACAUCAACCUUAUCAUCAUAAAAGCAACAGCCCCAGAUGACUUGCCUCUGCAUGAAAAAUACAUACAACACCUCUUGAAACUCUUCUCCAUCUCUCCAUCUACGUGCCACUCCUUUGCCAUCAGCUUCACUCGCCGAUUUGGGACCACGCGUUGCUGGCGUGUUGCACUCAAGUGUCUCAUUCUUCUGCACCGCUUGCUUCGUUCUGUCCCUGGAAACAGCUCCCUCUGGACUGAACUCUUAUGGACACGUUCCAAUGCCUUGAUUUCUCUCUACCCUUGCCAUUUCAAGGAUGACUCCUCCUCGUGUCCGGUUUCCUACACCAACUUUGUCAUAUCCUACGCACGCCUUCUGGAUGAAGCCCUUAACUGUGUUGCUCUGGAUUGCACCAAUUUGGAAGACCAAGAUUUGGAGCAAAAUGAAGAAGCCAUGGAUGAAACUUUUCGAGAGAAAAUGAAGGAAAUGGGUCAAGUGCUUGAAAUGUUACCGCAACUGCAGAGCCUUAUAGAUAGGGUGAUGGAGUGUUACCCUGUGGGAGUGGCAGCGCGAAGUUUCAUUGUGCAGGUUGCCAUGAAACUCAUAAUUCGUGACAGCUUCGUUUGCUACACAAAGUUCAGAAGAGAAAUAGUGACGGUUUUGGACAAUCUACUUGAGAUGCCGUACAGGAACUGCAUAGCUGCUUUCAAUAUAUACAAGAAAGCAGCAGCGCAAACAAAUGAGCUUUAUGAGUUCUAUGAGUGGUGCAAGGCAAAGGGUCUGUGUGGUAUGUACGAGUACCCUUUGGUGGAGCCAAUUCCAUACAUACAAAUCAAGGCUUUGGAAAGUUUUCUGAGUGGCAUGUGGCAGUUAACGGAGUCUUCAACGUCGCCAACUACCAGUACCAGCCCUUCAUCUUCUGGGGAUUCUCCUUCAAAUUUCUCUCAAGGACAAAUAGUGAUGAGAAGAGACGUUGUUAACAUCAAGGGUGAAGAGGAGAAGCCUUUGAUUGAACUAGAAUUGGAAGAAGAUAAUGGGGAUGUUAGUUGGGAAACACUGUUGGAAACCUCCAUUAGUUUUAGUCAUGCUUAUCAGAGGGACUUGGGCAGCUUGUUCAAUCAUCGGGGAUGGGAAGGUGGAUUUCAUAUCGAACAACAUGGCUUUGAUGCGAACGAAGGGCACGAUCACGAGCGUGCAGAUGCCACAUGGAACAUGGCAGUCAACAAAAAUACUACUGCUAAUAACCCAUUCUCCGAGCCUUAUUAAAGUUCCCUUCCAAUUUAAUUACAGUUUCAUUAUCAUUGAAUUUCCCUUUUGUGUUGUUUUUUGUAAGUGAGGAGGUCGUCUUAAUGAUAGACUCAUAAACUAUUGCAUUUGUUAACCUA